UCGCAUAUUCCCCGCCCACUCCCUGCUAAGGCCCCGCCCUUGGCUCCCCCCCUAGUUAGAGAAUCCUCCAGCUCGGCCGCUCCAGAGGACCAGGCACCGGAGUCUCGGUUCGUCGUGUCGGUGCAGCAUCCUGCAGGAGGUUUACGUGUCCAGCAAGACGUGGGGGUAGAACCUGGCCUGACUGGUGUAAAGAAGCGUUUAUGCACCUUUCUGGCAGACGGCCCAGACUUUCCACCAGUCUUGACAUCUCAUCACAGCAAAGUGUGCGAACAAGGAAACGUCUUUGUGCUUUUUGACUUCUCCUCUAGUGCUAACAAAGAUGUCUCGGAAGCACAGUAAUAAGGAUCCUAUAGGCUUUGUCUUUGACGUCCAGUCGAACACUGUCAUGGCUCAAGGGGGCUCCUAUGAGAAUAUGAAGGAAAAGAUUAACGCAGUGCGUUCGGUUGUUCCCAACAAAAGUAACAAUGAGAUCAUCUUGGUGCUGCAGCACUUUGAUAACUGUGUGGACAGGACUGUGCAGGCUUUCAUGGAAGGUAAUGCAGUGGAAGUUCUAAAAGAGUGGACGGUUCUAGGCAAGAAGAAGAACAAAAAGAAGAAGAAUAAGUCCAAAGCUGAACCUGCACCCGCUACCAAUACAGUGGACACCGGCAAAGCAGCCCCUGCGGAGGGAGAACAGAAUGCAGCAUCUACUGACAAAAGUGGACUCAAUGGUUAUCACAUAAACGGUUCCACUCAUGACACAGAGUCAGUGGAUUCCUUCAGUGAGGGCUUGGAUGCUCUUUCUUUAGAUGCCAGAGAGAUGGAAGACUCUGAGCCAACUACCCCUGAUGUAUCGAACCACUCAGCCUCCGUGUUUCACAAUGGCCGUCCUGACCUAGAGCUGAAACUGACCGCAUCUCACCUUCCUCAAAAUCUUCAUCAAAAACAUGGCCCCUCGGACCAUAGGCACAACAACAAAGCUCGCUCUGGAAGUGUAUCUAGCUCUCAGUCACUGGCAUCAUCUUUAUCAGAGGACGUCCACUUAUCUUCCGGAUCUAGGAAGCUUGGUGCUAAUAUUGAGAAGUCUGUGAAGGACCUGCAGCGCUGCUCUGUAUCCCUAGCACGGUAUCGUAUGGUUGUGAAGGAAGAAAUGGAUAGUUCUAUCAAAAAGAUGAAGCAGACUUUUGCAGAACUGCAGAGCUGCCUGAUGGACAGAGAAGUGGCAUUACUAGCCGAAAUGGAUAAGGUGAAAGCAGAAGCAAUGGAGAUCUUGGACAGUCGUCAGAAGAAGGCAGAGUCUCUGAAGAAGCUGACCGAUGUGGCUGUGCGGAUGUCUGAAGAGCAGUUGGCAGAACUUCGUGCAGACAUCAAGCAUUUUGUCAGCGAGAGGAAGUAUGAUGAGGAGCUGGGCCGAGCUGCAAAGUUUACAGCAGACCUCGAGACUCUGAAGAAAAGCGUAGAGUCCUUCGGACAAGUGUCUCACCCAAAGAACAAUUACUCGACUCGCUCUCGGUGUUGCUCCUUAACUAGUCCGAGUGAUGUCUCUGCUCCGUCCACCCCAGACCAGUCUUCUACGCCCAGCCUUACUUCUACCAACCGAAAGCCUACAGCCACAGGAGACUCUGCUGCCAGUCAUAAUGUUACAAGGCAGAACCAACCACCUAGACAGGGAUAUCCAAUGAAUAGAAGAGGGCAGGGCUACCGACCUCAGGGCCCACGGCAAAACUACAACACUAACACUGCACGCUAUGAUAAUACCAAUCGCAACCGGAACAGUUCCUGGUAUCAUUCUAAUCCUCGAAACCAAGGCUAUCCACAGACUCAACGUCCACCCAGUGACCGGAUACCUACCCAUCCUUCUGGAACCAAUGGAACUGCUGCCAGCCCGGAGUCUGUCCAAAUUGGGGUCUUGGACCCUGAAAAUAAAGCCCUGCCGCAACGUAAACCAAGAGCGAACCCUGCAUUGGCUUCCUGAGACAGGAGAGAAACCUACGCCUUUAGUCCGCACUUUCAACAUUCAACUCUGUAACUUGACUUUAGAAAACUGUUAGAUUUAUUAACAAAAAGAAGAAAAGUUUACAGCCAGCUGUUUCGUGCCACUUUUCUUGUUUAUCUCGUCUAUAUCAAAGCCUUUUUAUUUUUUUUCUUAUGUCUCCGUAUUGAACACUUUCAGAGUUCCACCUGUUGUUUUUAAUGUAACAAUAGGCUUUUCCAUGAGUUUCUACAUUGUAUCUGCAUCCCCAAGCUUUACUCCCUUUCUUAGAUGUCCUCAACUAAGAGCACAGACAGUUGUUGGCUAGGACAUGUGUCAUGUUGGUGCCAGCUCUUGCCACUGCCAUUGUGCCAGCUUUGCAAACUUCAACCUCAUGGGCUCCCAGCGUCUUCAGCUUCUUGCCUUCUUAUAUAUUUUUUAUUUUUUAAGCUUACUGCUCUUUUAUAGAAUGGAAAUCUAUGCAAUGUCACAUAAGACCUGCAGUUCUGUAUACUCCUCUUGGGGUGACUUGGCAUUGCUUGGUUUCUGUAUUACUAGAUCUUUUUGUUAACACUCUUUACCUUCAGUUCUACCAGUACUUUAAUUUACUUCCUAGAUACCAUUUUCCUAUGUCUGUCUUCAAAGUGCCUUGUUUUUUGUACUGGUGUCAGCAACUUGUAUACAUUCCCUCCGUCUCUUACAGUCCCCAAAUGCUGAUCGCCCUUUUUUUUUUUUGGUCAGUUAUUUGUGGAGCUUCUGAAGCUUGUUCCGUUACUGGCACACAUUCAGCACUACUACUUGAUGCCAUGGUUAAUUUACCACAAGUUAUUUUUUGGUUCUUAGUUUUUUUACCUACCCAAACUGGAAGUCUUUAAGCCUCCCUGUGCAGAAUCCAGAAGCAUUGUAGAGUACAGAGGGAGCCUGUUCAGUCGUCUUAGGCUCCUUUCACACUGCCGUUUUGUGCCCGGUAGGUGACGUCCGUUAGGAAGAUAGCGGGAGAAAAAUUUGUGCGUGCAAUAUCUUUUUCUUCCGCUAUCUUCGCCCGCAAUAACGGGAGUUAUGAUGGACAUUAGAGGAAUCCCAUUCAAGUGAAUGGGAUCCACUUUGCCUGUUAUGACUCCCAUAAGGCUCUGUUACACUAACGGACGUUAAGGGCGGUGAAAGUGGGAAAAAAAAAAGCCCUUAACGUCCGUUUGUAACAGAGCCACUUUUCAUAGUGUGAUAGUAGCCUUACUUCCUUUCUUGGUCCUUUCAUCCAGCUGGACCAAAGAGUGAAAUUGCACUGUCCUAUUGCUGUGGUCAGCGGUUUUGUUUUUUCAUGUUUUUGUGAAUUAUGGCAGUGCCCCAUUCCUUAUUUUUCCUCCUGUCCAAAGAUGCACCUUUCACAAAUAUUCAUGUGUCUCGUUUUUCUUUUGGUCAUGGGAAAGGGAGGGGUGUUGUGUUUAUAGAUAGAUAUAGGUUUCCAUUUUAAAAUAGACUUUUAGUUUAAGGGCUUUGUUGUUGUCACAUUUCCUAGAACAACACUGAAAGAAUAUUGAACUAAUAAAUACAGUACAUUAUACACAGCUAGCGCAGGUACGUUGAGUGGCAACAUAGAAAUCUGUAUCAGACAUUGAUUAAAGUGUAUGUUGUAGCUACUAUCGAUCUGCCUGCUUUGGGACCUUUAUCGGCUUGUGUCUCCGUGGCUGUGGUCAGGAUAGUCACUAAAACGACCCACGGAUGAGCCCUGAAGUCUCCAAUAAUGACAAUCCUGCAGCAUUAGUUUAAUGUACCCUGGAUCAUAUCUUGCUAGUUUCAUAAAAUGCUAUGCAGAACUUAAUCUUACAAUGCAGUUAUAUUGAGAUAGUACAUAAAUGUAGAAGGAAUAUCUUUGGGGGGGGGAGGGUUGCGCGCGCACACACAAAAAAGAAAAGAAAAAAAAUGUAACGAUAUGCAUGGGAUGUUCACUUCUGGAAUAAAACUUCUUUGCAACAAGGAGGUCAAUAAAAGGGAUAGAUUUGAACGUGCCUAUCAUUGAUUCUGUUGCCAUUCAUAGUAUAAAGUGAUCAGGCCCCCGCAGCGGAGGAUGAACUCUAUUGUGUAGUUGUCUAUAUGCAACAAACUCCUCUGGAUGAUCAGAUUGUGGACCUUUUGGACUAA